ACAGUUCAGGCAACCCCUAAGGUCAAAGACGUUGGGUUCAGCUGGAAAUCAUGUGGCCCUGCGGAUCAGCUUGUGGAAAUCCGCAACUUGACAAUCUCCCCAUCACCGCUGUUCUUUCCUGGCCCAUUGACUUUUGGCUUUGAUAUUCUGUUCCAUGAUUCAAUCCCUGAAGAUGCCAGAGUGUCAUCAGAUAUGCUGCUGGAAUACAGUGGACGGACAGGAACCUGGGUGAAGAUCCCAUGUAUCGGCCAACUGGGGUCUUGCACCUAUGAGGAUGUCUGCUCAAUGUCCCAGGCCAUUGUUUGCCCUGAUGAACUCAAGAAGAGGGGGAUCCCUUGUACAUGUCCUAUUGCCAAGGGAGAGUAUGUUCUUCCCAGUUUUGAAGUGGAUGUUCUGGCUUCCGUUUUCCUGUCAGGUGACUACCGAGCACAGGUCACCUUUAAAGACAGCACCAAGGGCCAGAUUGCUUGCUAUAAUGUCACAUUUACAGUUGGUUAA